GUUAAUGGUUAGAACGGUCUGCGCGCCCAGGAUGGAGCCGCUGGAGGACCUGGGCCGGCUGAUAGAGAAGAGUUUCGGCGAGGAGGCUGUGCCGCCGGCAGAGCGAUUUCAGAAGGUGGAAGCAUCCUUUUCUAAAACAGUUCUGAGCAGAGGAAUGGAUAACCGGUACCUGGUGUUAGCAGUCCAUAUUGUACAGAAUGAAGAGGGAAACCAUGAAAAGCACCUAAGCAUCACUGCUUCCCAGUCGCUAGAAUGUGAAGAACUGUGCAUCCUUAGGAAUGACUGGUGCUCUGUACCAGUAGAGCCGGGGGACAUCAUCCAUUUGGAGGGAGACUGCACAUCUGAUACUUGGAUAAUAGAUGAAGAUUUCGGAUAUUUGAUCCUAUACCCAGACAUGUUGAUUUCUGGCACAAGCAUAGCCAGUAGUAUUCGUUGUAUGAGAAGAGCUGUCCUAAGUGAAACUUUUAGGCGCUCUGAUUCAGCCACACGCCAAAUGCUGAUUGGUACAGUUCUCCAUGAAGUAUUUCAAAAAGCAAUAAGUGAUAGCUUUGCCCCAGAAAAGCUACAAGAACUUGCUAUUCAAACCAUUCAAGAAAUAAGGCAUCUGAAAGAAAUGUACCGCUUAAAUCUUAAUCAAGAUGAAAUAAAACAAGACGUAGAGGAGUAUCUGCCUUCAUUUUCUAAAUGGGCUGGAGAUUUCAUGCGUAAACAUACUUCAGCUGACUUCCCGCAGAUGCAGUUCUCUCUGCCAAGUGAUGGUAGUAGCAAUAAUUCAACAUGUAAUAUUGAGGUCGUAAAUGCGCUGGAUAUUGAAGAAAGCAUUUGGUCCCCUAGGUUUGGAUUGAAGGGCAAAAUAGAUGUUACAGUUGGUGUGAAAAUACAUCGAGGGUGUAAAACGAAAUAUAAGAUAAUGCCACUGGAACUUAAAACUGGCAAAGAAUCAAAUUCUAUUGAACACCGUAGUCAGCUUGUUCUGUACACACUGCUAAGCCAAGAGAGAAGAGCUGACCCAGAGGCCGGCCUGCUCCUCUACCUGAAGACUGGCCAGAUGUACCCUGUGCCUGCCAAACAUCUUGAUAAAAGAGAAUUAUUAAGGCUAAGAAACCAGAUGGCAUUUUCUUUGUUUCACCGAAUUAGCAAAUCUGCUACUGAGAAGGAGAAGACAAAGCUUGCUCCUUUGCCACAAAUAAUUGAGGAACAGCAAACCUGUAAAUAUUGUUCCCAAAUAGGCAACUGUGCUCUUUAUAGCAGGGAGGAGAGUGGCAGCUGCAUUGGAAACCUGAUUAGAACAGAACACGUGAGAACAGUUUGUGAUGGACAGUAUUUACAUAAUUUCCAGCGUAAAAAUGGUGCCAUACCUAUCACAAAUCUAAUGGCAGGUGACAGAAUUAUUUUAAGUGGAGAAGAGAGAACACUGUUUGCUUUGUCUAGGGGAUAUGUGAAGGAGAUUAACAUGACAACAGUAACCUGUUUAUUAGACAGGAACUUGUCAGUACUCCCGGAAUCAACUUUGUUCAGAUUGGACCAGGAAGAAAAAAGUUGUGAUAUUGAUACCCCGUUAGGAAAUCUUUCUAAAUUGAUGGAAAACACUCAUGCCAGCCAAAAACUUCGAGAUUUAAUCAUUGACUUUCGCGAACCUCAGUUUAUAUCCUACCUCAGUUCUGUUCUUCCACAUGAUGCAAAGGAUACAGUUGCCAGCAUUCUAAAAGGUUUGAACAAGCCUCAGAGGCAAGCAAUGAAAAAGGUACUCCUUUCCAAAGACUACACCCUCAUCGUGGGUAUGCCUGGGACAGGAAAAACAACUACAAUCUGUACUCUUGUAAGAAUUCUCUAUGCCUGUGGUUUUAGUGUUUUGUUGACCAGCUAUACACACUCUGCUGUCGACAAUAUUCUUUUGAAGUUGGCGAAGUUUAAAAUAGGAUUUUUGCGCUUGGGUCAAACUCAGAAGGUACAUCCAGAUAUCCAGAAAUUUACAGAGGAGGAAAUUUGUAGAUCAAAGUCCAUUAAAUCCUUAGCCCUUCUAGAAGAUCUCUACAGCAGUCAACUUGUAGUUGCAACAACAUGUAUGGGAAUAAACCAUCCAAUAUUUUCUCGUAAAAUUUUUGAUUUUUGUAUUGUGGAUGAAGCCUCUCAAAUUAGCCAACCAAUUUGCCUAGGACCACUUUUUUUUUCACGGAGAUUUGUGUUGGUGGGGGAUCAUCAGCAGCUUCCUCCCCUGGUGCUAAACCGUGAAGCAAGAGCUCUUGGCAUGAGUGAAAGCUUAUUCAAGAGGCUGGAGCAGAAUAAGAAUGCUGUUGUACAGUUAACUGUGCAGUACAGAAUGAACAGUAAAAUUAUGUCCUUAAGUAAUAAACUGACAUAUGAAGGAAAGCUGGAGUGUGGAUCAGAAAAAGUAGCCAAUGCAGUGAUAAACCUACCUAACUUUAAAGAUGUAAAGCUGGAAAUGGAGUUUUAUGCUGAUUAUUCUGAAAAUCCUUGGCUGAUUGGAGUAUUUGAGCCGAACAAUCCUGUUUGUUUUCUUAAUACGGACAAGGUUCCAGCACCAGAACAAGUUGAAAAGGGUGGUGUGAGCAAUAUAACAGAAGCCAGACUCAUAGUUUCCCUGACCUCAAUCUUCAUUAAGGCUGGAUGUAAUCCCUCUGCUAUUGGUAUCAUUGCACCAUACAGGCAGCAGUUAAAGAUCAUCAACGAUUUAUUGGCGCAUUCUUCUCUCGGGAUGGUCGAAGUUAAUACGGUAGACAAAUACCAAGGAAGAGACAAAAGUAUCAUUCUAGUAUCUUUUGUUAGAAGUAAUAAAGAUGGAACUGUUGGUGAACUCUUGAAAGAUUGGCGACGUCUUAAUGUUGCUAUAACCAGAGCCAAACAUAAACUGAUUCUCCUGGGAUGUGUGCCCUCACUAAACCGCUAUCCUCCUUUGGAGAAGCUACUUUAUCAUCUACACUCAGAAAAAUUAAUCAUUGAUCUUCCAUCAGAAGAACAUGAAAGUCUUUGUCAUGUAUUGGGUGAUUUUCAAAGAUAAAGCACUGAUUUCCUUGCUUUUUUCAUACUAGCAUAGAGAUCUCCUAGAAUUAUUUGUAAUUUGGAUAUGCUGUAAAAUCAGUGCCGGGUUAGACUGUGAAGAUAACUUUUAUUCCAAGGGUAUGAAAUGAUGUACUCUGUUCAGAGUUCCAGAUUUUUGUUCUAUUUUUUGGGGUAUAAUUUUGUUAAAUAUAAAGUUCUAUCACCAUACAAAAUUUAACACAGUAUUUAUUUUUUCACUACAGGUAUACCCAAAACUGAAAAGUCUAAAUUUAUUGUUACUAUAAAUAUGUUUUUGUGUAAUCUAGAAAGAGUUUGAUAAAUUUUACCAGCUUUAAAGAUGGAUUAACUUUUGGAUCUGAGGUUUAAACUUUUAAGUGUAAAAUUUGAAGACUAAUUUGAUUUCGUAGAUUUUUAUCAUAUUUUAUUUGAAAGAUUAGGUAAAGAAAAUUCAUUUGCCUUUAUUAUUUAAGCACAGUCUUGUGAUAAUGAGAACAUAGGUGUGAUUCUUUUCUGUAUUUUGAGGUCCCUGAUCCAAAGGCCAUUUUGCUGGUUUUUUCCCUUGACUUGUGCUUUCUUAGAUAUAUUUUCACUUUAAACCUGGUCAUUUAAAUUAUUACUUAUAAAUUGGUUAUUUCCAAUUAAUUUCUGAUUCCCCUUACUCUCCCAUUUGUUUCUUUCGGUAUUCAAUAUUCUAGAAUAGAUUUGAUAUAAAAGAAAAUAAUUCUUACUCUUUUUUUGAGCAGAAAUUUUGUUUGCUGAAUUGAUGACAAAAAGGUAUAUCCCUGUUUUCACCUAUUCAAUUUCAUAUGCCUCUUUGUUUUGGGGGCAUUACUCAAGUUUCCGUUUUUGUAUAAAGAUAUUUUGUAAA